AUGAGUAACCGCCGUAAGAAUGCGAAGGACAGGAAAUUGAAUUUUUUUUUCUCUAGAAAACUAAACGAAGUUAUUAAACAGGUAACCCCUAAAUCUUAUCCACCGCAAAUCUUCCCCGAAGAUCCAGCAGAAACCAGUUCAUCAAGCGGUCUAGAUGAAGAAUCUGAAAACAAGUUUGAGCUGGAGCUUUGCUGGUGUAUACAGCAACUAGAAUUAGGGAUCCACAGUGGAAAAUUAAAAGAAAAGCAGCUGAGAGAUACUCAAAAAAAUUUAAACUUAUUGAAAAGCAGCAAUGUUGCUUUGGUACAAAAAAGACAGCUCAUGAGAAGUACUUUUGGAGAUUAUCGUGCUAAGAUGGUUGAGGAAGAGAAAAAACUCGGAAGAUCCGUAGCUAAAGUUAAAUUUUCAGCUGCUAAAGCGGCGGAAAAUAAGUCAGUCUUCUUGAGAAAGUCUCAUUGCUUGGAUCAAGAACCGUCGACGUCAUCUAUCAGUCAAAAUGGAGCACAAGUUAACGGGUCUGGUCCUAGUCUGUCGUCUUUAUUCAUAAAGCUGUAUGUACACAUACGUGCCAAAAUGAAAGCCAAGAAGGAAAAAGCUGCAGAGAAGAGUAACCUUUCGGAGCUUAAUCCAUGGCCCUCUUACAUUCAGGAUCGUAUGAAACUGUGGGAUGAAUUGAAAGCUAAAUACGAAGCAGAGUUAGCCUCCAAGCCAGUGGAAGAUAUAACAGUAACACUUCCUGAUGGUAAACAAGUAACAGCCCAAUCUUGGCGCACUAGUCCCUAUGACAUUGCAAAGGGGAUCAGCCAAGGGCUUGCAGACAACACAGUAAUAGCAAAGGUUAACAACGAGCUGUGGGAUCUUGACCGUCCUCUGGAGCGCGAUUGCAAGUUAGAAUUACUAAAAUUCGACAGCCCAGAUGGUCAGCAAGUAUUUUGGCAUUCCAGCGCUCACAUCUUGGGCGAAGCUAUGGAGCGUGUCUACGGAGGUUGUCUCUGUUACGGUCCACCAAUCGAGAACGGUUUUUACUACGACAUGCAUCUCGGUGAAAAAGGAAUUUCAAACCUUGAUUUUCCAUUCCUAGAAUCUUUGUACAAGAACAUUGUAAAGGAAAAGCAGCCUUUUGAGCGUCUGGAGAUGACCAAGGAAGACCUGUUGAAGAUGUUUGAGUACAACGAGUUCAAAGUCAGGAUACUCAAAGAAAAAGUCCAGACUCCAACAACUACAGUGUACAGAUGCGGACCGUUGAUUGAUUUGUGUCGUGGUCCUCACAUCAGACACACGGGUAAAGUAAAGGCGAUUAAAGUAACCAAGAAUUCAUCAACUUACUGGGAAGGUAACGCUAACGCAGAGACUCUUCAGCGUGUUUAUGGUAUCAGUUUUCCAGACCCUAAGCAGAUGAAAGAGUGGGAAAAGUUCCAAGAAGAAGCUGCUAAGAGAGAUCACCGUAAGAUUGGUAAAGAGCAAGAAUUGUUUUUCUUCCACGAGCUAUCUCCAGGCUCGUGUUUCUUUCAGCCUCGAGGUGCGCAUAUUUACAAUACUCUUGUUGAAUUCAUAAGAUCAGAGUAUAAAAAAAGAGGAUUUCAAGAAGUUGUUACGCCUAAUAUUUAUAACAGCAAGCUGUGGCAGACUUCUGGACAUUGGGAACACUAUGCAGACAAUAUGUUUUCCUUUGAAGUAGAAAAAGAAACAUUUGCAUUGAAACCAAUGAACUGUCCGGGACACUGUAUGAUUUUCGACGUUCGUAAUCGCUCUUGGAGGGAACUUCCUCUGAGAAUGGCUGACUUUGGUGUUCUUCAUCGGAAUGAACUGUCUGGAGCUCUUACGGGACUUACCAGAGUCCGAAGAUUCCAGCAAGACGAUGCGCAUAUCUUCUGCACGCAUGAGCAAAUUAGAGAUGAAGUUUUGGGAGCUCUUGAAUUUUUGAGAUGUGUUUACACGGUCUUUGGGUUCACUUUCAACCUGUGCCUGUCUACGCGGCCGGAGAAGUACCUGGGGGAUAUUAAAGUUUGGGAACAAGCUGAGAAAGCUUUGUCAGACAGUUUAGAUACUUUUGGAAUAUCUUGGACGAUUAAUCCUCAAGAUGGUGCAUUCUAUGGACCGAAAAUUGAUAUUACUAUCAUGGAUGCUUUGAAGAGACCCCACCAGUGUGCUACGAUUCAGUUGGAUUUCCAACUUCCUAUUCGUUUUGACUUGUCCUAUGUUAAUGAACGUGGAGAGAAAACCAAGCCAGUAAUCAUUCACAGAGCAAUUCUGGGUUCCGUUGAACGGAUGAUUGCUAUUCUUACUGAAAGUUAUGCUGGAAAAUGGCCAUUCUGGUUAUCACCAAGACAAGUUAUGGUUGUCCCAGUGGGCCCACAGUUUGAUGAGUAUGCGAAUGAAGUAAAACAGAAGAUUUGGGACGCUGGGUUUAUGACUGAAGUUGACAUUGAUCACAGCGACACGUUGAACAAAAAAAUUCGUAACGCUCAAAUAGCACAAUUCAACUUUAUUCUCGUUGUUGGAGAAAAAGAACGUGCUGCUGAGACAGUAAAUGUCAGAACGAGAGAUAACAAAGUACACGGGGAAAUAUCAGUUCAAGACCUCAUCAACAAAUUUAAAACUUUCAAAGAAACGAAAGACCGUUAUUUUGCUUAUAUGCACUAG